AUGGUUGGCCGCCGCAGAGCCUCCUUCAUCGACCUUCAGUCAGACUCCGCCGAUGCUACACACCCCAAAACAUGGAGUGCGAGUGAAGAGAGACCUUCCACUUCGACCAUAAAAGCAAAUCCCAGACUUCUCAGCAACGAGCGCCAAUUACCCGAGUAUGAAUUGAACUGGAAUGAAGGUGAUCAUGAAAAUCCUCGAAACUGGUCUCUGGCAUACAAGUCUUUCGUUGUGGCUACAAUGGGAUUCGGUGCCACGGUCAUUAGCCUGGCGAGUACCUGUUAUUCUGUCACGAUCCCGGGACUACAAGACGAACUCGGCAUCACAAAGAUGGUCGGGCUCCUCGGUAUCACAACUUAUCUCUUGGGAAUGGCCGUGGGAAGUCUGUUCCUGGCUCCGCUAAGCGAGAUGUACGGCCGCCGUCCAGUUUACGUCGUCUCCAUGGGCCUUUUCGCAGCCUUGACGGUGCCUGUUGCUUUGGCCCGCAAUAUAGAGACUAUUCUCGUCUUUCGAUUUCUGAGUGCUUUAUUUGGCAGUGCCAUGAUGUCAAACUCUCCAGGAUCUGUCAACGACGUGGUUUCGGACCAUCACCGGCCCAUGGCCUUCGGCUUCUGGGCGAUUGGACCAUCCAACGGGCCUGUUCUUGGAUCAAUAAUUGGAGGGUUCGUUUACCAAUACCUUGGAUGGCGAUGGUCUAAUUGGAUUAUUGUGAUUAUUGGAGGAGUCACUUUUGCUUUGAUGAUUCUGGUCAAAGAGACAUACGCCCCGAUACUUCUUCGAAAACGAGCCCAGAAAAGAAGACAACAUACAAAGAACCCGAAAUGGUGGAGCUCUCAUGAUAAUCAUCUGCCUUUCAUAACAUUCUGCCGAAUCAACAUCAGCCGACAGAUCGUUAUGAUAGUCACAGAACCUAUUUGGUGA